ACAGGCAGCCAUGGCAACACAUGUCAGGAGGUUACAGCUGACAACUUUCUCAACACUUGGGCGUUUGAUUGAUAGAAGUAGUUAAUCAAACCUGGGGCUAGGAAAGCCAAUGUGAUAUAUUAGUGACAGGGACACGACAGGUUAAGUUAGCAAGAGACAGGCGCAGUUGUGCAGCCAAAACAACGACGUGCGUCAAUGUUAAUUAAGUCGUAAUAAAGCUAGAAGGCUAACUAAGCUGCUAGCUUGGAAGUUGGACACAACCAUGAUGGUAGAUGCAGGUGAUGUAAAGCACAUGAAAGUUUAGUGGUAUCCGUAUUCUACUGCAAUACUUCGGUCGGUUGGCAAGAGCUACGUAGUUCAGGACCAUGUCCGGGAGAGGAGCGCCUUUGCCAGUGGACGGGGACGGCCUGCUCCGCGGGAGCCGCACUCGGUCCUACGGCAGCUUGGUUCGGUCUCCGGUCUCCCCGGCUCAGCAGAGACGCAUUGAACACAAACUUCAGCCAGGAGAGACACUGCAAGGCCUGGCCCUGAAAUACGGAGUCACAAUGGAGCAAAUCAAAAGAGCAAACAGGCUGUACACCAAUGAUUCGAUCUUCCUGAAGAAAUCCCUGUCCAUCCCCGUGCUGUCGGACUUGGACGACUGCAAUAACGGGGCGGAUUUGGCUCAAGAGGACAGUGGAGGAGGCGAUACUGGCCGAGCUCCUGCACAAAAUGGUCACACUGGGAGCUCCUCGGAGAAGAAGCUCUACAGUGGAGAAGAAAGUGCAGAAGACAUUACUCCAGAGAGUUUUUUGAAAAGGAUGGAUGAGUUGAUAAACUGGUCGAAGCAGGCUGCUGUCAAAGGAUAUCAGGAUGCAGAGAAAAGGGUUGCCGCCCUGGAAGCCGCGUGCACCAGUGGGACGUCAGACCAACAGCCUUUUACAAGGUCACACAGUGUCACGUCUUUCUCUAAAAUGCAGCAGCAGGAAGCGACAAAUGUCGCAGUGCCGCGCACCAUCACCAAACUCACCAGGAAACUGAGAGACAGGGAAGAUGAGAUCUUUGAGCUGUGACAUUUUGCCUCUGGCCUCAUUUUUAUAAUUAAAGACACAUUCCCAGAAGGUCCUGUUGCUCCGGGAUAAGACAUCACAGACAAAGGAAUGGAUACCGUGCGAUUCCCUGCUGCUGUUUGGAAUUAAAGAAUGAAAUACAUCAGUAAUGAAGGUUAAUAGACCUUUUAAAAAAAGUUAACACUGACCUUUAACAAGUCAUUGCACUCCUGCAGCCUUAUUUAUCUAUGAGGUAAUGAAAAACGUACAGUGGCCAACAACUGCAGAGUUAUUCUUUCUUCUUUCACAUGCAGGAAAUGGGAGCGUGAAAUAUUAAAAAUGUGAAUUUAAAGUCACAUGUUGGUUUAGUCAUAUGACCCUUUGAUAUGGUCAACUGCCCAUGGUUGUGUGUAAUUCUACCUCAAACAGAAAAACAGUAGAACCUAAGCACACACAUGACCAUAGUGUAUUUAUGUCUUUCACUACUGAUGAGUUCAUAUAACCAUAGUUAAAAAUAAUGUAUUUUCACACCAAUUAUUUUUAUUGUUUGUAAAGGAGAUGCUUUUUAUUUAUUCAUUUUGCAUAGUUUCUUUCUUUUUUCAAAACCAAUGUUUUGAUCCCAUGUUAAGGGUAAAAGUUUACAUGUAUUUAUAAAA